AUGGCGGCCAACGGGCAUGCCGGAUAUGACCAGUACUCGCAAGUGUUUUAUCAGCGAGCUCGUCAGUAUAUCGAGGCAGAUGAGAUGAAGUUGCCCAUGCAUCAGGCCCUGUGCCUGGUGGCUGCUUUCGAGGCCAAGCGCAUGCUCUUUACGAGGGCGUCCAUGAGCUGCGCCAAGGCGGUUCGGCUUUGCCAGAUGAUGGGCUUGGACCGGCUUGACGGUGCGCGCGACGAUUUGCCCCCGGCUCUCGGUCCACACUCCACGUGGGAGGAGCUGGAGGAAAGGAGGAGAGUGUUCUGGGGUGCCUUUGCCAUCGACUCCCAUGCCAGCAUAUCUACAGGCUGA